AUUGCAGAACACGCGCUCUACCGUUUUCUUUGCCUUGUUAUUUGGCUUUCUCCACACUUUCCGCAAGACUGUUCUGUUCUUGAAACAUCCGUUGUUCCAAGAUGAGUGAAGAAGUGAAAGAGAAUCAAUCUGACAAGCUUCAGAGAACAGCUCCACGUUUGAACGAGAGGAUACUCUCAUCUUUAUCAAGGAGAUCGGUUGCUGCUCAUCCAUGGCAUGAUCUUGAAAUCGGACCUGGAGCUCCGUCGAUCUUCAAUGUGGUUAUUGAGAUCUCAAAGGGUAGCAAGGUCAAAUAUGAACUUGACAAAAAGACAGGACUCAUCAAGGUUGAUCGGAUUCUAUAUUCAUCGGUCGUGUAUCCUCAUAACUACGGUUUUAUCCCCCGCACAUUAUGUGAAGACAAUGACCCUUUAGAUGUGUUAGUCAUCAUGCAGGAGCCUGUGCUUCCAGGUUGUUUCCUGCGCGCACGAGCUAUCGGAUUAAUGCCUAUGAUUGAUCAGGGAGAAAAAGAUGACAAGAUCAUUGCGGUUUGUGUUGAUGAUCCUGAGUAUAAGCAUUACACUGACAUCAAAGAACUUCCACCUCAUCGUCUCUCAGAAAUCCGGCGAUUCUUUGAAGAUUACAAGAAGAAUGAGAACAAGGAAGUCGCUGUAAAUGAUUUUCUUCCGAAUGGUCCUGCCGUUGAAGCCAUUCAGUACUCAAUGGACCUUUACGCUGAGUACAUUCUUCACACCCUGAGGAGAUAAAACAAGAACAUUCCUGCCAAAUUUUUUGCUCUGCAAAUCUCAGAUUUUGUAGCAGAGGAAAAAGAAAACAAAACAAGAAUUUGUCUGAUAUUUGGAUUUUGAAUAAACACGUGUUCCUGACACUGUUCUAAUACUUGGCUUCAUAGCUUGUUGUUGUUGUUGUCUUCUGGGGAUCUGCUGUCUGGACAAUAACCCCUAUUAAGAUUCGUUUUCUCACUUGUAUUGUAAUCUUCUAUCCAUUUAAAGUUUCGAUUUAGUUCCAAUGAAACCAGACCGUUUCUUUA